UGCGUAGUUCGUGGUGAAUAUUCGGAAUCUGUGUACGUGGGUUUCUCUUUCCCCGAAAAAAAGGCAAAUUCACUGUUUAUGCAGUGGAAAAUUAUUGUUAAAAUUUUAAAAUUAACUUUGAUGACGAUUAUAAUUAAUACAUGAUAAAACUUCGAAGUUACUUGUUUUUUAAUUAGUUAGAUUUUAAAUAUAAACAAUGUUCCCGAUUAAAAAAGAAAAUGUUGGCCAUCUGCAAUCACAUAACAUUAGAAUCUCAGAACUGAAUUCACCCUCUGACGAUAUGUCAGAUUCUAGUAAGGUGAUACAUUUAGAAAAAGUAAGAAUGCUCAGCCGCGGGUCCCGUUCAUCCUCCAUAAGGAUCACCAAUGUCAAGUCCAUCAAGCCCCCAGAUCCGGAGCUGGUGAAGAAACAGGAAGAAGAGAAGCUCAGAGCGCAGUUGCAGAAGGAAAUAGUUUCACGUUCCCGUACAUGCGCCCACAGGGCGUACGAAUGUACUCUUCCAGUGGUGGGGGGCAGAGUGUACUGCGCUCGACACAUUUUGAACGAUUCAACCGCUCCAUACAAGCAAUGCGCUCACCUUGCACCUUCAGGGUCGAGAUGCAACUUGCCUGCACCGAUAGAGAGGGAACUGGGGCUGUGCUUCGAGCACGCGCGCGCCGCGCUGCACGCGCGCCACCGCAGCGCCGCGCCGCCGCCGCCCGUCACCACGCCCGAGGCGCUGCUGCAGCAGCUGCAGCACUACGUGCGACCCGAGCGCACCCGCACGACGUCUUGUGCUUCAUCAGUGUCAGUGGUUAGCGAUCCGGCUGAGCAAGACCAAGUACCCACGCAUGCUGUGGAUCCGUUCAAGGAGAUCGACGCGACGGCAGUGAAUGGGAGCGUGUCAGCGUCAAUAAUGGAGUACGCGAGUGCCAGCGACAGCGACUGCGAUAGCGUGACCCUCGGGCCCGGCGGCGACUGUCGACAUCGCGACCACUCGGACAACGAGGAGGCGCCAUGCGAGACGCAACCGCUGUGGAAGGCAGGUGUCUUCACCGCUGAGGAAGCAGUUAGUGAGGCCAAGAAUGUGCUUCGAUCGCUGCAGUCCGCAUAUAUAAGACAGAUGGGACGGCUAAGGACAUUGCUGCAAAUGGCAAGGUUGCAGUAUGUGAAGUCUUUAAGAUCUGAGAAGGAGCAAUAUUGCUCAAUUAACGCCCAGGCCCGGAGCGGUCCACUCACAGUUCGGGAGAGAAGACAGCUCCGCAAGCUCAAGGCGUACGCCGGCUACCACAGGAAGCACGGCGUGGAUGCUGUGCUGGCUAGGAAGUUACAUCAUAAACGGGCUAGGGCUAACGAUACACUGAACAGGCACAUUCCAUCGCAAGGUCGGUGCACUUUCGUCGAGGGAGGAGUUCGCUGCUCGACGCACGCACUCCCCGCGGCGAAGCACUGCCUCAAACACGUGCUGCACGACAGGCAACAGGUGCUGUUCCAGGCGUGCGGCGACGCGCGCGGCGGCGCGGCGUGUCGCGAGGCGCUGGCCGCGCUGCCGCUGCCCUCCGCGCGCUGCCGGUACCACGCCGCGCCGCCCGUCUACACCGCCUUCACGCUCAAGAAAGAAGGAUUAGAAAGCGAGUCGGAAUCACAUUCGAGCUCGGACCUGUCCCACACGGAGGUCCACACACCUGAGGAUAAACCGACCAUCAACGAGAUUGAACCGCCGUCCGAGAUGCAAUAUGACUGACAUUUGGACUUUAGUCAUGGCAUAUUAGACGAUUACUGGCCUGACUUGUGUCAAAGUGAAACCAGCGCUAACAAGAUUGUCACCGA